AAAAAACUCAUCUCUUUCACACUCUCUCUCCUUCUUUCUUCUUCGUCUUCUUCUUUCUUCUCGUCUCGGAAACUUUUAUUUUGCGCACGAUCCCUGUAACAGAAAUGGAAGGAGCGCUGGAUUUAAUGCGUAGGAUGCAUCCAAAACACAUAGACACGUCUCUCACUGCUCUUAUGAGUCUCUUACCUGAUUACUCUUCAAAUCUCCUUUCACAAGUUGAUCAACCGCUUCAGGUAUUACGUGAUAUGGAAUCUGGAAAAGAGUUCAUAUUGUGUGAUUACAACAGAGAUGCUGAUUCCUAUAGAUCACCUUGGUCAAACAAAUAUCAUCCACCAUUAGAAGAUGGAAACCUCCCAUCGACAGAGUUGAGGGAACUUGAAAUUGAAGCAAAUGAUGUUUUUUCAGUUUAUUGUGACCAGUAUUAUGAAGGUGGAAUUUCAUCAGUAUACAUGUGGGAAGAUGACAAUGAAAACUAUGUUAAGUUUAUUGCAUGCUUCUUGAUAAAGAAAGAUGGUUCUAGUACAGGGCAAGGCCGUAGGGGUUGCUUGCAAGAAGGUAUAUGGGAUGCUAUUCACCUAAUUGAGGUGGGGGCAGAGGAAGAUGGGAUUGCUCAUUACUGCUUAACCAGUACAGUCAUGCUAUCAUUGACCACAAGUGAUGAGUCAAAAGGCGAAUUCACCUUGUCAGGAUCAAUAAGAAGACAGAUGAAUACGGACCUAUCUGUUGCUGAGGGUCACCUUUGUAACAUGGGAAAGAUGAUCGAAGAAAUGGAGAGGAAGAUGAGAAACUCGCUGGAUCAGGUCUACUUUGGAAAGACGAGAGAGAUGGUCUACACUCUCCGACGACCUACUAAGUGGUGCAGAUGAGAUUGCCCAUUAUUGGGCCAUGCGAUGAGAUAGUCAAACAAGUGUUUUUUGCAUCUUAGUUUCACCAAUAUCAUAUGAUCUAGUUGCAAACUUGCAACCCCCCCCCCUCCCGCCUUUUUUUUGCUGGUUAAAAGUUUUCCUUCAACCUUGCACAAUCACUUUAUCCAAUAGAUCAAUUUAGUGGAUAGUGUAGUUAUCAGUAUCUCGUGAUCUAGUUAUCAAUCCCAUUAAAACUA